AUGUCGGCGGGCUGGACCAAUUUCUCCGUGAGCAAUAGAAGCCACACCGGUGAGGAUGACGGCCCAUCGGUUGUCGGCGAGGAUCAACCAGCCUGCGCAUCGUGCAAGAAGCGGAAGCUGAAAUGCUCUCGUGAACAGCCGGUUUGCUCUCACUGUCUGAGGUUAUCAACGGAGUGCGUGUACAUUCCGAAGCAGAAGCCGGGGCUGAAACCUGGGGCUGUUGAGGCCUUGACGCGUCGCGUUGCUUUACUGGAAAGCAUUUUGCUGGACGACGCAGGCAACGUGCGGCCACAGUACACAAACGAGCUGGAACGUAGGGGCGAUGACAGAUUCUUUCACAAGGGAGCAGAAGCAACCGUGGAAGUUGCAGCUCCAGUAUUCCAAAUCAAUCAGGAUGUGACAGCUACCGGUACUGCUCAACAACAGUCGCCUGCAGAUGCUUCUACGCAACAAACUGAAGCAAUAACGAACACACUGAAGCGCAAACACGAUGAGCCAGACGCAGAACGUUGGCUGUUUGCCACUGAGGAAGUUGACCUUGCUCAGCAUCUGCCGUCCCAGCCUUUACUUCUAAAAGUUGUGGACUUUUUCACCACAUCGUUCCAUCACUGGAUCCCGUACAUACACAAAAAGAGACUGCAAAACAAAGUCAGGGAGGGUAUCUGCAGCAAUGGCUUGUUGCUUUUCCUACAUGCCUUAGUCGCGGUGGCCUUGCGGCACAUGGACCCAAACGAUCUCUUUCUAGAUGAUGACCAAAUUCAACGGCAAUCCAGCAUCUCCCAUAUCAUUGUAGAGACCCAUGCCACCAGGUCAGUGUCUAUUGAGAGCCUGCAAGCACUGAUCUUUAUUGUCUUUGAUUAUCUCAACAAUGGCCAAAACCAUCGUGCGUGGCCUCUCAUAGGCAGUCUGACUAGGACUAUUGGCUAUUUACAGUUGACGUCCGAGCCCUCCGCUGCGUUCCAGGAUGGAGCACUCAUGAAGCCUGUACGGUUGGUACAGCCUUCCAAUGACUGGACGGAACUGGAAGAGCAGAGAAGACUAUUCUGGAUAGUCUUCAUGCUCGACCGCUUUUGCUCAGUAAGCACAGGCUGGGACACAAGCCUGACAUCUGAUGACGUCCACCGGCGUCUGCCGGCUGACGGUGGCUACUUCACCCGUGAGGAGCCUGUUGUCACACCGUACUUUGGCAUCUGGAACAAAGCAGCUGCAAGAAUUGGCCGGUCCUUAGCAAACGUGCCUGCACCAUACAGCGAAGACGAUCCUGCAGCCGAGCAACCUCAAGGAGCGAGCCCCAACUCUGCCAAUGGCUACAUCGAUGCAUCAAAACUAGGCGCUUUCGCUUACUGCGUGGAAGCUACAGAAUCACUUAGCCAAGUGACAACAUUCUUCCUACAGCAGAGGAUUAACGCUCGAGACAAAGAACACGCAGUCAAUUGGCUGACCCGCUUUAAGGAGCUGGAUCUGAGGUUAGUACAAUGGAAGCUGUUUCUACCACCGCGCUGGCGGGAUUCCAAUAUUUCGGCAAACAGGGAGGUUGUCGACAUGGAUCCGAACCUUACCCUUGCGCAUAUCACACACAAUACCUCGAUGAUUCUACUUCACCAUCCCAUUGCAUUUCCAGCAAAAAGUUGGAACGAUUACGUCGCAUUGCCCAAAGAGUGCAGCGCUCAAACGUGUGAGCUUGCGGCUAUCGAAGCCUCGAAUAUCGUCAGCAAAUUCCUCACGUACACAUUAAUACCAUUCGUCAAUGUACAGUUUGCUUUCUGCGCUUUUGUGGCAGCUAAAGCCCUCUUAUUCGAACACCAGGCUAACCGAGGUCUGCUACGACCAGAAUUCGAGCGACUAGUUCGUGAUCUGUGGGAGAUGUCGAAGAGAUGGGAGCACAACGUAGCCAAACUAAGACCAGUCAGUCAAGCAGGUGUGUACGCGCGUCACCUCGAGCGCCUUCAUGAAGCGUGCUUGCAGGAUCCGCAAUACAGGUUCGACUUCUACGACCACACCUGCCAAACGCUGGAGUCACACCAACAUGUCAGCCCGAUGAAUGUCAUGACGCCGCUGCAACGUACAGGAAGCUUCGCACAGGAUCGACCUACUAUAGGUCAUUUGCGGAAUCAUAGCCUGAACAGUGUGCAUUCUGCACUCAGCCCAAGACGGAGAGCUUCUCACAGCACCCUACCAGCUGCCACUGUGGCGUCAGGAAAUCAUUCGAACGCCGACGCACUAUCACCACACGGGCUUGCAAAAGCUGCAACGACACUGCACGCUACCACGACUCAUUCCGGCAACGGUCAGAACGUGUACCAGCUUGGCCAUGACUUUAGUCCAAGCUCUCACUUCAAUGGCAUUACUGGUGCACCCAACAGCCAGCAAGCGAUGCAAGAUCAGUCUUUAUUGAACCUCUCUGAUACUUUCAUGGACUCGCAGUUCCUGGACAUGGAUCGCGUUAUCACAUUCGAAGAAGCAAACUUCUAUCUGCCUGGCGACGCCUACAGAUGGCAGUGA